AUGACACAGCACUAUCUUCGGGCUCAUGUGGAUUUUGUUGAGUGUGAUCCCGCCACAGAUCACCCUCCCACGCCCUCUGUUUUCCCACCUUAUGAGAAUUUUGAGACGGAAACGAUCAUCACGAUCCCUAAGAACGAACAUUCGUACAUCAAGCUGAACCCGAGUUUGAUUCAUGCUGAAGACAGCCUCAGAUCAAUACUUAUUGAAGACAGGGAAUGUGUGUUUGAAGACGAGGUUCGACUUGACUAUUUCAACUACUACACUCAGCCAAUAUGCCGCAUGGAGUGCUACUUACAACACGCUCUCCCCAGUUGUGGCUGUGUUAUAUUCUCUGCUCGCCGAAUACUUGGAACAUUUAAUCACCCCUACUGCAAUGAGUCCCAAUAUGGUUGUCUGUCAAAAGAGCUAAGUAACUUACUCAUCACACCACUGGUCAAACCCAAACAGGUAGGUGGUUAUGACAAGUGUGCGUGUGUACCAGCUUGUUCUUCUUUAAGAUACGACUUACAAACAAGCUAUCAACAGAUCAUCACCCCAACUACACUACCUCUGUGGGCAGACGACUACAAUGAAAGCGCAGAAGAAGAUUUUGCACGGGUGUCAGUAUUCUUUCACGAACAACAAUUCAGUACCAUCGAUCGUAAAAGGACAUCUACCCUUGGAAAUUUCCUUGGAAGUUGCGGUGGACUUCUGGGAUUGUUUCUUGGGUUCAGCUUCAUGAGUCUGUUUGAAAUAAUUUAUUUUGCCUUAAUUCGACCAGUUAAUAGAUUAAUCACCUCCUACAUUCAGAACCGUUAAAAUGCACUUUUG